AUGCAGCCAGGAGGACCAGAUCUCGGAUACGGAAAGCUGCGGCGUGGAGGCUUACUAGCUCAAACGCCCAAGGAACGGACAUACUUUGACUCUGGCGAUCUCGCUCUUUCUUCCGCUCAUCGCGAGACUAAUAACGGCGCUAUUCAAACGGGCAGAUCCCAUCCUUAUCGGGAAAGCAUUUCGCACCCUUAUGCCCCCGUCCCAGCCUCUAGUAACGUUGACAAAGAUGCCAACCAAGAUACGCAUAUGAAAAGCGCGAGUAUUGAUGAGAGUCCUCUCCUUCACCAAGCAGAUAUUAAAGAUGAACCGAUAAGCAAGGAGGGACAGGACGAUCAUACCUCCCACGAACGCUAA